AUGGUUCAGGACUGGCCUCGGGACUCGUUCCCUCGUCACCAAUCAUUCUCUCACGCAUGCUUCGCCCAAGAACAACAACCUGAGCGACACACUUCCUUUUCAACCGAUCGCUACAGUCAUGAAAUGCAGCCACACAACGGCUUCCACCAGGAGCGCUACCCAAUCAAUCACCCAAAUGGCCGCUUUGGAGAUGCAAGCGAUCAUGCUCGCCGUCAGCAGCUAUCGGAUAUUGAUGAGGCACUGAGGAGGCACCUUGGUGUGCCUGUGAGGCGGUACUUUGUUGCGGCCUCUGCAGACGACGGAACGCCGUGCACCCUUUUCAGCGGCGGCCAGAAGCUGCCAGAAAAUGUCAUUGCUCAGUUUUUCGACGCCAGCAAGUUUCAGCAAGUCAUGACCAGACUCGAUGCCGGCGCGGAUCUCAUGCUAGACGACACAUCCAACCAGGAUGAGCCCGUCUUUAAUCGACACAUCUUCAGCCGAAGCAGGCCGGGAGACCGCCGCAGAAGCUCGGCCCUGGCCGAUUGGGGCAGCCCGGCUCGAUCUGGUCGCAAACGACCCAGGCCUCGCAACCCGCUCAAUGACGACGAGGACACACAAAUGACCGUAUCCUCGAGGCGUGGCAUCAGGGUUGGUGACUCGGACGCCGUGUGGGGCUUCUAUGAGCAAAGGUUCAAAAACUGCCAGCAAACGGCCUGUAAACUCAUCGCCAAAGCCUGGGUCAAAGCUGUCGAGCCCAAGAAACAGUCGACUCACCCCUACACUGGAAGCGAUGAAAAGGCGCCCGACUGGUGGCCCAAGCCAUGGGGCCCAACCAAGGACGACAAAGUUCGCCACAAGGAACCGGAUCACUUGUACAAGCGAGAACGUGUCCAUCUGCUUGCACACAUUUUACGCACUGUCUUGGAACCUAAUGGAAAACAGCACCCCGACAUUCGAAAGCUGGGACUCAAUGUGACAAAGCUGGAAGAAACUACCGCGGAAGCCCUUUCGUCAUUCUUCAUGGAUAAUGAGGCCAACGCCCGCAAGAAGCCGUUCCUGACGGAAAUUUUCAAAGUGGCUCGACAAGAGGAACGCUACAAGUUGGGAGAAAUCGACGGAACGACGGAGAUCUAUGUCAUGUCCGAGGAUAAAGUGCCGGAGAACUACGUUUCAGAAAACGACGAGACAGGUUCCUUUAUCAAGGAGGACGAAGAUGUCGAACCCACGGCGAAACCAGCCACGACGAUGGGCGGCGCCAUGCGUCCAUCGGUGCGCACAGACGCCGCUACCUUGUCAGGCCUAUCUGGGCCCGGAGAUGCAUUUAUUGGCGACCUACCGAUGCGCGGUUCGCAAUUCCAGCCCCCAAUGAUGAACGAGAUGGCCCCACAACACAAUUAUGUUGACAACGGCUCAAUGCAAGUUCACAGCCAGGCUGGCGUCUCGGCAACCAGCUCUAACCUCACUCUCGACCUUGUACCAAGCCCACACGAGGUUAGUCGUCGGCCGUCUGUGUUUAGCGACUUUCCCAGCCCCGGCGGCACCAUCUACUCCCAGCAGUGGCAGGCCAGCUCUAAUGGGACUAAUGGAUCGCCCAUGUACGCCUAUGCAGCCCAGCAGCCCAGCAUGGAAGCGGGGCCCUUUGUGUCGCCCGGUGUGCCCAUGGACCCAAACCAGACUUUCAUGACGACGUCAUUCGAAGAAGCGCCACGGCCGGGCUACAGCACUGGCCAACCUAGCAUGUUUCGACCCGACGAUAUGUCGCAAGGCAACGUCGCGCAAGCUUCGGGUUACAACUAUGUAACGAACGACGGUCGAGGCAUGAUGCCCCAGGUGGUGGAUAGUGGGAACCGAACAGCUAUGCAUUAA